AGACAUCACGAAUACGCACCGUUCUGUGCGAGUGUUGGUGCUUCUGAUUCCGAUGGGAGUAUUCGACUUUCUAGGCGAAUGGACGUACAGUCCUUCAUUGCAGACUUUCUUGAGAUUGCAUCGGUUACCACAAUUUCUGCAACAGGUCAUGUUAAUAGGUGACGUUCGUAUCUUCCAAUAAAAGUGCACCAAAUGAGCUGGGAAAGAUCUCAGCUUUCAUCAACAUGAACUCAUCGAAUCUGAUGGAUAUUUCACAAUCGGUUGAUGUUGAUUUUGAUAUUCCCUUCGCGAAGCGCCAGGAGAGUCUCAUCAACAACCGGUUCCAAUCAGAUGUAACGUUUUUGGUAGGUGAAAAGCGCCAACCGAUCUACGCCCAUAAGCUUCUGCUGAUCAUUUCGUCGGAACACUUCAACGGCAUGUUCAACGGGAAGGAGUCCAAUUCGGAGGAAAUCGAGGUCAACGACGUGGAACCGGACAUCUUCUUGGAGAUCUUACGAUACAUCUACUGUAGAAAGGUCCAUCUGACGGUCCAGAACGUCCUGGAGAUCUUUGUGCACGCACAGAAGUACAUGCUGGACGAACUACGGCAGCAAAGUAUUGGCUUCUUUGAGAAAAACGUCGCUUCCGAUAACGUUCUAAAGCUUUUUGCCCAGAAUCGAUUGUACGAGUUCUCGAUCGUCAACGAGAAGUGCUUGUCGUUGAUUCUGAAGAAUCCGCUGCUGUUCUUCAAACAUGAGGACUUUUACGCGCUAGAUCGCAAGUCGUUGGACAUCAUCUUUUCGAGCAAAAAGUUCAACUGUUCGGACACGCAGCUGCUUCAGGCCUUGCGCGAUUGGAAUAAGGUUAACGAGAGCGAGUGUGUGAGUGAUCUGCAAACGAUGAUCAACACGAAGCGUGUACGGAACUGCUCCAAAUUGCGCUUUUUCGGCAGCCUGUCGUACGGUACACAUACAGAUUUUGAGUUCUCGUUAAAUCGUUCGCAUAAAAUGACACUAUAUGGGAUUGGGGUGUUUGUUGGUUCAAAUGCGGAAAUGAUUACGAUCGAGGUAAAAAUUAGGGACAAUUCGAAGACUCUGGCAUCGCAUCAAUUCGAGUUAGAAAACAAAGACCGCUCAACGGUGGAUGUGGCAAAAUUGUUUUUCGAAGAGUUGAAGCUGCUCCCGUCUGAAAAGUACACGAUCACGAUCGGUUUUAACCCGAGUGAGAAGAGAUAUACAAUCAGCAAUCCUGCAAGCGCCCAUAAGACAGUUAGCUUACAAAUAUUCAAUCAAAAUGGCAAUAAUACCUACGGCAACAGUUAUACUAGCACCACAGGAAGCGUCAUAUCGCAUUUUUACUAUGAUGUUUAUCGGUAACGAGCUUGAGCCUCAAGGCUGGGCCACCGAAGAUUCGAUCAGCAGAGGGCUGAGUCGAAAUAAAUAAACGUACGGCAUUUGAUAAA